AUGAUUCAGUCGGCCGUUCAUAAUAUCUCGGAGUCGGGUUCGACCCAGAGCUCGACACUUGAGGUGCGUGCGGGGUAUAUGGGGCUCUGCAUGUCGCAAAGUGACGAGGGGCGCGUGUGCUCCAGCAGUGCCAAGACAUUGGCGAAUAUCCUCAAAACCGAGAGGACAACAAGUGUCAUUGGGAAUGUUACGACGGAAUUCACACCGGAUCCGCUCAAUUUAAUCUUAAUGGCCGAGGAGUUCAGAACCAAGAUCGUCUUUGAUGGCCUACUGUCAGUUUCACCGGCUCAUUCAUUCGUUUUGCGUUUACCUGAAGUUCCGCUAGAUAAUGUUGAUCAGCUGCUGACAAUUUUAUCCAGUUACGUAUCUGUUAUUCUUACUUUUGUCUGCUUUCUGCUAUUGGCAACAUUUCCCGGGUGGCAUACAGAAACAAACGACACUGGGUCAGAUAUAGAAGUUAAGCCGUUUCCUUCACGACCGGUCUCACAAGCGGCUUUGGGAUUAAUCAGUAUUUCUUUCGGGUUUGCUUUUAUUUCGGUGCUGUGGCAGCACAUUAACAGCAGCUCGACAGCAUCGAUGGUAGAGACACUCACUUAUGGUACCGUUUCGGGGCAUAUUGGGACAGCAGCGAUGGUGCUGGGGUGGCUUGCGGUGGUUCUCAUUGGAUUUGUUAGCCUGGGGCUGCUCAUUAUGAUCCUGAGUAUCUCUCUGCUUGACAGACUGAGUGAAGAGUGA